AUGGCAUUUGAAGAGGUCCAGAAGUGGAUGAAGAAGCGAGGUGACAAGUCGACACAAGAUCGACCAUCAUCUCCUGUGUACAAGGCCGAUCCGCCAGUGUACACCGCUGAACCACCAGCCCACAUGGAGGGACCGCCUGCUUUCAUGGCAGGAAGACGUACUGCCACAUUCUUCACUCCAGACGGCCGAAGAAACUUCGUCGUGGAGCACUUGCGCCUGGAUCCGCUGACAGCCGCAAUGUACGAGCAGGCGAUCCAAGACGGAAGCCAUAUGGUGGGUAGGCAAGGAUACGGUGAGCUUCGUGAGACCGCCCAGCACGAGCUUGACUGCUGGGUAGCCAAAGAGCGCGGUGAGGACCCCAGCCGUGUUAAGAGGGAUGGUGGUAUUCUUGUCAUGGUCCCACAAGGAUAUCUCACGUACUUGGAAGAGCUUACCAAGGCUAGAAGACGAGGCGAGAUUGAGCGAGAGAUUGUUGCGUUGCAGGAGAAAGCACAACAGAAAUUCCAUCGAGGACUGAAUGGAAUUAUGCGGUCUGGUUACAAGCACGAGAUUAACCGACUAGAGAAAGAGCUGGUUGAGAUUCAGGCUAUUGGAGGGCGUCGGGGUCUAAACAGCUGGUGA